AUCUCAGUUGUGUCCACAUCAUGCUGGCGCGAGAAUGGAGUGUGGAGAGGUUGGGGUGAGUGAGAUGUUCUGUCGCGCCAUAUGGUGGUGUUCCCGCGCUUUGGGACUCCUGAAUCGUCGUUCAAUGACCUUUCCGGGGGUGCAUUGUUCAAAAAUGAAGACGACGCUGGAAGACAUGAUGGUGAUAUGAACCAGCCACAGAGCGCUUGCAAAAAUUCUGUACCAGAGUCGAAUUGGACUCCGCGGCCUACCGUUGCUUUUACCAGUAGCGGCCUUUGCAUAAUGUCAACUUGAACUCAACAUACGAAGGUGCUGUUUCUCUUAACUCAGAAAGCAAAAUAUCUGCUAGCUAUUUCAGGCCAGAAGUCAAUUCUGAGUUCGAGGACAGAAUUCACAUUCGAGUUUGCCUACAUCCGACCACUUUCAUAAGCAUUAGAACCCUCAAUUGAUUUUCCAAACUACACGCAAGGCUUCUUACCCAAUACCAUUAAUAUGCAUCUCAGGGCUAAACUGAUAAUGGGAUUGGGAUUGGCGCUCUGUGGCACUUGCUCGUCGAUUCUCUAACGUCUUACGCGUCUUUACAAUGGUCUCAGCACCAUAAAAAUAGCCUCCCGCGAGCUGGAGACUCGAGCUGUGAUUAGGACAUUGGUCACGCGCCCAUUGCUGUGGUGCUUUGCCUCU